AAGGCAGGACCGUUCGGGGGGCGAAGAAUUGCGCACAGCAACCAACGUGUCAGGGAAGGAAUUGAGGCGAGCGAGAGAGAACCCCACAUCACAUGGCGAACGGCGUGGGCUCGGCGAAGGCGGAGAUCUGCGCCGGGCUGGGCAUGCCGAUGGCGGAGCUGGAGCAGGUGUUCCGGCGCUACGACGCCAACGGCGACGGCAAGAUCUCGGCGGACGAGCUGGCGUCCGUGCUGCGCGCGCUGGGCGCGCCCCCGGGGCCAGGGGAGGUGCAGAGCAUGAUGGAGGAGAUGGACGCCGACAGGGACGGCUUCGUCGACCUCCACGAGUUCGCCGCCUUUCACUGCGGCCCCUGCAAGGGCAGCGCGGCCGCAGACGCCAAGGAGCAGGAGGCCGCCACGGAGGCCGAGCUCAAGGAGGCCUUCCGGAUGUACGACGCCGACCGCAACGGGCUCAUCUCCGCGCGGGAGCUUCACCGUGUGCUCCGCCAGCUCGGGGAGAAGUGCUCCGUUGCUGACUGCUCGCGCAUGAUACGAUCCGUCGACGCCGACGGCGACGGCAGCGUCAACUUCGAGGAAUUCAAGAAGAUGAUGGGCGGCGGAGUCGGAGCUCUUGAUAAACCUGGAGAAAUGCUUGCAAGGCCUUGUGGCAAGGUGGAAGUGGUAGAUGAGGACGUCAUGUCGCACGCACAGCUAAGCGACGACAACCUUCUGAUCGUGCCCGACAUGACCCAUGGUGUACUCGAGGUCGACGCCGACCACUCGGUACUUGUCCUCGGCUACACCGCGGCGGCGGCGCAGUCCCCGACAUAG